AUGUUGAGCAAGAUUCCUCUCACCAGGAAUGAGGUGGUGGGGAUGUUGGUGAGACUCACCGUCUUUGGAGCUGCAACAUAUUACAGCAUCAAAUGGGUGGUGGAGGCCUUGGAUCCGGUACAAAAACAAAAAUCCCAAGCCAAGAAACGGGCUGAGCGGUUGAUGAAGCAGAUCAUCAACGUAGAGGGUGUCAGUCUGACCGAGUAUGAAAUGAACAUCGCAACUCAUCUCGUCGAUCCUCGCAGCAUCAAAGUGACCUGGAGAGAUGUUGCUGGACUAGAUGAGCUCGUCUCAGAGCUGCAAGACACUGUCGUCUUGCCUUUCCAGAAACGCCACCUGUUUCGUGGUUCCAAACUCUUGCAACCUCCCAAAGGUGUACUAUUGUAUGGGCCACCGGGAUGUGGAAAGACUUUAAUUGCCAAAGCAACAGCGAAAGCAUCUGGAUGCCGCUUUAUUAAUCUCCAGGCCUCCACUUUGACUGACAAGUGGUACGGCGAAUCGCAGAAGCUGACUGCUGCUGUGUUCUCACUGGCCAUCAAGAUUCAGCCCUGCAUCAUUUUCAUUGAUGAAAUAGAUUCGUUCCUGAGGAAUCGUUCCAGUAUGGACCAUGAGGCCACGGCUAUGAUGAAAGCCCAGUUCAUGAGUCUGUGGGACGGACUAGACACAAGCUCAAGCAGCCAGGUAAUGGUGAUGGGGGCCACUAACAGACCUCAGGAUGUGGACGCAGCAAUACUGCGCAGAAUGCCCACAACCUUUCACGUAGGCCUGCCUAAUGCAGCUCAAAAAGAAGAAAUCCUUAGACUCAUUCUGUCUGGAGAAAAUUUAAGUAACGCGAUUAAACUGAAGGAAAUAGCGGGUCAAACUGAGGGCUACUCCGGCAGUGAUCUGAAAGAGCUGUGCAGAGACGCCGCCAUGUACCACGUUCGAGACUAUGCCCGCAAACAGCAGAUGAAACAGAUCGCACAACAACUCCAGCUGGAUGAAGAAGAGCAUGUGGACAGCACACAGCUGAGGCCCGUGACUCAACUGGACCUGCUGUUUGGCCUAGAUAAGAUGAGAGAGUCCAAACAGGCCACAGCUACAGCUGACACAGCAAAUCUGAGAGAGGUGCCUCUGGACUGAAAACCUCUCGCUUUACACUCUCAUA